CCAAAUUACGUCAUAAAAAAAUUGGAAGCAGCGAAUUUAUUUUAUGGACGUUCCAGCUGAUUUUAGUUAAUAAAAUGUUUUUUUAUCGCAGCCCGUAACAGUCGCAGAUGUUCUCAAAAGCAUGAAAAAAAUAGAAAAUACCUCCUUCAAAUUCCCAGGCAAGUAUGGAAAAACAGGCGUCCAAAAAUUUGGAAGAUAUGGCAAUGGAACUAGAUGGACCAGAUAAUUAUUUGAAAAAUAUUUCGACAAAUUUGGCCGAAAAUAACAACAGAAUAGAGGAGCAUAGCAAUGGAAAGGGUCCGCAGAGUAGAAGCGAACGUAACUCACAAAUCCAGCAGGCUGUCGAGGCGGAUAUUAGCGAAAUUUCGAGAAAAACGAUCGAUAACAUUUUGGAACAGGUGAAGGUGUUAACGCCCACCGAACAUCUAUUGCUGUAUUUAAAAUUACCGACGGAAUAUAGCAAUGUAGGGGAUCCGCUUCGACAGCCGUUAAAUCCGUUGGGCAGCAGAUCGGAAAUAAGUCAGACUAUUAUGUGGAUUAAGACGCAUCUUGAAGAGGAUCCUGAGCUUUCGUUGCCAAAACAGGACGUAUAUAAUGAAUAUUAUGCCUUUUGUGGCCCUAACAAAAUUAAGCCGUUGUCGACGGCUGAUUUUGGAAAGGUCAUGAAACAAGUGUAUCCUCGUGUGCGACCUAGGCGUUUGGGGACGAGAGGAAACUCGAGAUAUUGCUAUGCGGGAUUACGUCGUCGGUAUAAGUUAGAUGCUCCUUUGUUACCCGAUCUGGGUGAUAAACCUCAGUCUUCUGAAUUUGUAUCAAGUUCCGAAGAACUUCUGUCUGCCGCAUGGACAAUAAUUAGAGAGUGGUCGGAGCAACAACUCGGCAUGCAGUUUUCAUCAUUUCAUUCACUCGCAUAUUAUCUAGUUGUAAACCUUUCUGUUGGGAAUGGUUCUACUGCUGCAUCUGUAAUUACGUCGUCUAAUAAAGGCUACUUUAAAGGAGAUUUGGUUUCAUCAAGUAUUGCUUGCAACACAAAACACAGAGAAGCACAAUUACAAUUACAACGCAAAAUUCAGCAGAAGAAUGAAAUAAUUCGGGAACAGAAACGUAAGGUUCAGAUGCAAUCUCCAAAAAUUGAAUCGAAAGGCAGAAGCAAGAAGUGUAAGAUGCAAACGCAACCUUCUGUUUCUUCAAAUACUUCACCAGUUCCUGGAACGGAGGGUGAGAGUAGUGCAAGUGUAUGUGAGGAGUUACAACCUGUCUGUGAUAAAUCAUUAGAUUUUGCUAAUCUACAAUCGUUACCUGACUUUAGUAGUUUCCAGAAAAUGGUUGCGAAUGAUCAAGUAUGUGAGUAUACGAAUGAAUUGUAUAAACCUGAGAGUAGUGAAAAUGCGAAUAAUGUACCUGGACAAAGUCCGUCAGGAAAGGUUCCCAUACCUCGUUUAAGUAGUAACAUCAAUAAAUUUUCACCGGCACUGUCGCCUCAAAGGCCUAAGAGUGCCAAGUACAAAGCUAUUCAGCCUAAAUCAGAACCUUGUGAUAUCGGUUUAUGUAAUCAGCAACCUUAUACUGGCGACUAUAGAUCUCAAGAAACAAACUACUCCGGUGCUACUUCCGAGAAAAAGCAGAAAUCUACAAAGAAAGUACUACAAGACCCCGUGAAGACUGAAAUCGAAGAUAGUCUCACAUCAUUGGCGGACGUCGGUUCCGAGGCACUUUUCGCGCGAGAACGGCUGAUGAGCGUCGCCGAAAUCGACAAAUCGGCGUUAGACGAUUAUUUGGGUGCUAAUAACAGUCAAGAGCACGAAGAGGAGCUCGUUAAAUACUUUGAAAACAAAGAUCAGUCCUCCGAUCAGGAUAUGUCAAUGAAGUUGACGCAACUGCGUCAGCUUCUUAUUACGCAGCAAAAUUUAGAAUCCAAUACCGCGCAAGGAGGUUUGAACACCGUGCCAGUUCUAAAUUCUAACGCAAGCGCUUUCAUAAAAGCGAGUCAGAAGAAUAUGGCACAGUGUUACCCCAAAAGCUUUGACGGAGGUAAUUACACUAGCGAAGGCGCAAGGCGAAGAGUAAGUUUUGAAACCUACCAUCCUGAGGAUGCAGUUCCACCAAGUCCAAACACGCGUAGGAAAAACUUCAAUUUCACUCCGAUUUCACCGGGCCCCAUGUCGCCAACUGGCAGGCAGUCGAAGUGCUCGAGUACUAACGCAAGUCCAUUUGUUAGUCCAAGGAACACUCCUGUUCCAAAAGCCAAAGGUAAUAUACACCAAAAUGUUAACUCGUCGUAUAUUGUUAAUCAACCCAGUUCUAGUAGCGGCGCGUUCAAUUUCGCAAACGCUCAAAAAUCGCUUAUUUCUGUCAAAACUAAUUUGAAAAUUAAACAAGAGGUCGACAUUUCGCACGAUCCAGAUAAAAUGAUCAAUCAAAUCUCCGAUUCAAACGAAAUCCAUAAUUUUCCCAUUCACGGUUACUUACCCAUGUCGGCCCCGCCUAGUCCCAAAAUGAUGAAAAAUAGAAACUCGAACUUACUUCAAAAGCUUCUCAAUAACAAACCACCCUAUUCGUCCCGCUAUCAACCGCACGCCGGCGAUAAUUUAUCGGCCGAAAUCACUCAGCUGUUGUCGAGUCAAGGUCCUCCUUCAAAUGUUGAGGCGAGCUACCGAUCACAGUCUGUUCCUUUACAUCAAAUGUCUUUGAAAUCAAAUCAGCAUUUGCUUUCACCGGCUCAAGAGAACUAUUACCAAUCUCAGUUUCCGUUUUCGACCCAAGCUCCUACCGUUACAAACGAAUUUGGCGAUUUCGAUUCGUUUAACGCGACCGAAAAUCUUAACAUGAAUAAAAUUCUUAACACCAUAGACACAAUGAAAACGCCCUCCGAACUAAACACAUUUACAAAUCCGAACGCCGUUGGCGCUCAUAAUGUGGGCGGUCACAUGGAUUUACCAUUACCUGGCGAAUGCUACGAUAAUGUGCAGCAGUUUAAGGUGACGCAGCGCCACGUGAACGUGCUGCCGAACUUAAGAACGCUGGGGCGCUCUCAAAGUAUCGAGCUCGAUCUCGAGUCCGAACUCAACCCUUCGUUAAAAUGCAAUCCGUCACGAUCCGUGCCGACCACACCAGUACCCGGUUCGGUAUCCAAAUUUCAUUUCCCGCGAAAUCGCCGAUCCUAUCCCUCCACACCUCUAGCACCCAAUCAUAACUUCUCAUUCAAUCACGGCCAAGAUUAUUUGCUAAACGGUCAGCCGAUAAAAGAGAAAUUAUCCGCCGAGGAUGAGGUUAAUCCGAACGUACCCUAUUUUCAAACUGCGGAGAAUCACGACGAAAUGUACGAUAACGUAGAUAUAUUCAACGUUAACGAUACAAAUUUGAGUUGCGACGUUUUAAUAGGUGACAAUAAGAAUAAUUUUACUUUCGAAGGCCAAAUGUGCGACGGAAACUAUAACGUUAACAAAAACGUUUCCGCCGCACUCGACGAAAUUAAUCGUAGCGGUGGUAGCCAACCCGAUUUUAAAAAUGGCAGGAACGAUCAUUUGUAGUUUACGGUAAUGUUAGUAAAAGAUAAAUUUUAUUUUUAAUAAAUUUUUAAAAAAUUGUCCGAAUAUUGUAAAUAUGAAAAUUUAUAUUGACUAUUACCAAAAUUUAAAAUUAAGUAAACAAAAAAAUUCUGUUAUCGUUUUAGGUAAAGCUAUUAUAUCUCUGUCUUAGCUUUAUGUUACAUUGAUUGAGUCAUCUAAUAGUCGUUGUUUCCUUUUCACUUCUUCCUUCAUUAACUUCGCUUGCAAUAUGUUUCAAUUAACAGUUUUAGUUUACGUAGAAGUAUUAUGUAUCCUUGAUGGAAGUACAUAAGUUUGCUUUCUGGUAUUGGGUACCAGUGAUCAUCUCAGUUUAAUAAAAUGGUGUCGAUGCUUUUUAUAUAUAAAUCUGUUUUAUGGUAUGCAUUACUGUCAUAAGUAAAUUAUUGAUGUAGCUUUUGUGAUAUAAGUUGUACAUAGUUUCUAUUUCUCUAAUAACUAAAUGCAAUA